CAUUUGUGAAAAUGAGUUUCUACGUAACACUUCCGAGCGAUAGCUCUAUGAAUUAUUUCCCCGAAAAUAAAAUUUCACAUUUUAUAACACGUUUACCUGUUCCCAUUGAAUUAAAAGGUAUGUGGGAAGUUGGUUUGGUUGAAUUGCUAUAUCCGCACACAUGGCACAAUGUGAAUGCAGACAAUAACUUAAUUGGAUUUGUUUUAGAGAAAGAUGGUGAAAUGUUAGGUCGUAGAUUACCUCCAGGAUGUUAUGAAACAGUACCUGAUAUUUUAAAAGCUAUUUAUAUUAAAGAACAUCAAAACAAAAUAAUAUUUAAUUAUAACCCAGUAACAAAACGAGUGAAAAUCAAAGUGAAAAAUAACGCUAAAGUGAUUUUACAUGAUGGGUUAGCACAAAUGUUAGGUUUUGAACCUAUGGAAAUUACAUCUACAGAUGAUAGUUCCGAAACUGUUGUAGAAAGUCCUUUUGCAGCCGACCCCUGUGCACAUUAUCGUGUAUUAAUGAUAUAUACGGAUAUUGUAGAACCUCAAAUCGUAGGAGAUGUUUUAGCUCCUCUUCUUCGAAUUGUAAGAGUAACUGGUAGCGAUGGAGAAGUGGUGAGUGCACUAUUUGAUAGACCUCAUUAUUUACCUGUGAAUCGGAAAAUGAUAGACACUUUGGAAAUCGAUAUAAGAACGCAUAUGGGAGCAUUUACGCCAUUUGAACGAGGAAGGUCAUACGUGAAACUUCAUUGUUAAAUGAUGUAUCACAAGGACAAGAUGUAAAAGAGGCUGCUAAGCGUCGACUGAAAGAAGCCGGAAAUAUAUUAACGGAUAAAGCUGCUACUAAAGUGAAGAACAUGAUUGGUUCUGGACGAGUCAAUAAAAAGCAGAAACGUAGGAAAAAGCGUACCAUUUCUCACCGAUCAAAGAAGGUGAAAGCACAGGAUAUUUUCUCUUAA